AUGGGGCUUUGUAAUUCUAAGAGCAUUGCUCGAAAAACAUCCACAAAACAACAAUUUUUUAAUCCAGUUGAUUCAUAUCAAUCCACAAGGUCGAUGUUACAUCAUGAACAUAAGAAAAGUACCAAAGGGUCAAAACCUAAAAACAAAUCCAGUGCAAAAGAACUCAGACGAUCAGAUACUCAAAAUUCUUGCAAUGACGAUAUGCGCAAUGAAAGUUGUAUAGAUCUCUAUGAGAUGGAACAUAAAAUAUUAAAAGAUGUUUGGCAAGGAAAUUUUGGUUGCGAUAUCAGAGAAGAAUUACAGACUGAACAAAAACAUAUUUUAGAUGUUGCGUGUGGGCCUGGACACUGGAUUCGUGAUAUGAAAAAUGAAUUUCCAAAAUCACAUAUUAUAGGAAUCCAAGCAUCACCAUGUCAUAAAAUUAAGCUUACACCUGAUAUUGCUAUUUUACGAAUGGAUAUAGUUAGUGGAUUAUCAUAUGGGAAUGACUCUUUUGAUUAUGUUCAUAUGAGUUGUUUGAGUUCAAGUUUUAGUGAAAACGAUUGGAAAAUAGCGAUUUCUGAAAUGGUCAGAGUAACAAAACCGCAAGGAAUAGUUGAAAUUGUGGUUGGUAGUUGCGAUUGUGAAGAUUCGGGUCCGAUAAUGAAGAAAUUAUGUGAUAGUCGUCGUGCAUUCUUGGGAAUGAAUGGUAUUGAAGUAGAUAUAUCAAAGGGGUUGGAAAAUUUAAUGCGAAAUACACAAAAAUUCGAUUCAUUGGAAAAACAAACACGCAAAAUACCAAUUGGAAAAUCUGGAACGAUUGGAGAGAUGUAUCAAAGUUAUUUUACAUUAAUAAUGGAGUCAUAUCGUGAUCCAUUAUCUUCAUAUUUAGGACAAUCGCCACAAGAAUUUGAUGAAACGCUAAAUUCAUUAAAUACUGAACUGGAUAGAUUUAAAAAUUCUAACUUUCAUAGUGUUAGAAUAAUUGGAAAAAAACAUUGA